GCUUCGUAUUGGACGGGAAUCUCUCUCUCCCUCCUCCCUCCUCUCUCCUCUCUCUCGCUCCCUCUCUCUGUGCCGAAACAGCACUUUUCGAGGCGCCUCUUUUUCCCCCCUUAGGGUUAGGGUUUCGUAGGCGCGUUUCCUUCAAAAGAUGAUGCUGAGAACCUUCAAUUAUCCCCUCUCAUCCUUCAUUUGCUGUCUUCAAAAGUUUCCUAGUUCAUACAUGGCUUAAAUCUGCCUGUUUUUAUUUUCUGUGGUGGCAGCCCUGGAAUGGAAAUGUAUAAUGCUUUUGAACAUGGGAAUACAGAAAAUUAUCUUAUUCAGGGUACCGAGUCAAACCAACAUUUAACAACUCCAGUUCUUGAACAAGUUGAAGCUAUGUAUAACGAGGGGGCCCCGGAGUUUGUUGUUGAACAGGGCUUGUAUUAUCCUCAUGCCACCAACUAUGGGUAUUACUGUACAGGAUUUGAAUCGCCCGGCGAAUGGGAUGACCACCAUAGGGUUUUUGGUCUAGAUGGUCUUGAUGUCCAGUACGCGGGUGCGCAAACGGAUAAUUUGCCUUUUGUAUAUUAUACACCUAGCUAUGGAUAUGCACAGUCUCCAUACAACCCAUACAAUCCUUUCAUACCUGGAGCUAUGAUAGGAGUUGAUGGUCCAUUUGUAGGGACGCAACAGUAUUACACUGUCCCCCCUUAUCAGAACACUGUUUCUUCACCUGCUUAUUUCCCAAUUGUUGCCCAUUCUAGACCAGAUAUUGUCCCAAAUAGUUCAACAGACCCCUCGUUAGACCCUGGUGCAUCUGCUGCUAGUAGAGCUGUUCGUCCAAGUCUAAAACAUAAUCUCUCAUCAGCAUCUCCAACCUUAUCCAUGACACCUCAAAGGCCUGCUUCAAAUGAAACACAUUCAUUGACAAAGAUAUCAGAAGGGUCAAGAGCCAAUGCUGGAUCAAGUAAUCAACCUGUAACACAUGGAAGCAUAAUGACUGGUAGUUUUCCCAAUCCAGCUUCAUCGCACAUUCUUCAGGGUAGAAGUGCUUCUGGUUCAAUUCAAGCCAUUGAUGGCAUGCCAAAUGGGAAGGUACUGUCUCAUCGUAACCAGCUAAAAGUUGCUCUCCCUUUCAAUAGUGGCUUGUCUGACUUUGGUUCAAGUGCUCAUGGACGGGCUCCUGUAGAUAAGCUUCGGCCAAAGUACCACCACUAUGGCACAACUUUGAAUGAUGCAAAUGGGAAUCCAGAUGCAUUGAAUGAGCAGAAUCGUGGUCCUAGAACCAACAGAUCAAAAAAUCAGUUGUCUGUUAAAGCCUACACAACCAAGGUGGGAGAUAGUAAUGCACAAGGAAACAUAAUUAUUUAUACUGAUCAGUACAACAGGGAUGAUUUCUCAGUUGAUUAUUUGGAUGCAAAGUUCUUUGUAAUCAAAUCCUACAGCGAGGAUGAUGUGCACAAGAGUAUUAAAUAUAAUGUUUGGUCAUCUACACCCAACGGGAAUAAGAAGCUGAAUAAUGCUUAUGAAGAUACGCAGCGAGUAGCUGCAGGGCAGUCCAGGCGCUGUCCUGUUUUCCUGUUCUUUUCUGUCAACGCAAGUGGCCAAUUCUGCGGUGUUGCAGAGAUGAUUGGUCCUGUUGAUUUCCAGAAGGAUAUGGAUUUUUGGCAGCAAGAUAAAUGGAGUGGAAGUUUCCCUGUCAAGUGGCAUUUUGUAAAGGAUGUGCCAAAUGCCAACUUUCGGCACAUCAUAUUGGAGAACAAUGAGAAUAAGCCAGUAACUAAUAGUAGAGAUACACAAGAGAUAAGGUACAAGCAAGGUCUAGAGAUGCUGAAAAUAUUCAAAAAUUACACUCUCAGGACAUCUUUACUUGAUGAUUUUAUGUACUACGAAAAUCGUCAGAAGAUCAUGCAAGAAGAGAAAGCCAGGUUACUUAUUAAAAGCUACGAAAGUCCCUUCUUCGUAACCACAAUAGACCCCCCACGCAAGCUUAGUAGUGGUGUUGACUCCCAUUCGAGAGAAGUUGAGAAAAUUAGUCAGCACAAUGACGCAAACAGCUCAGAGAAUGCUGCAGCUACAGCAACCGAACAGGUUUCCCUGACUCCCCAUGUUACAAACAUGACAAACCUAACUAGUAGGGAUGAAAAUGAUGUGCACGUAGAAUUUGAAUCAAAAGACGAUGUAUCUUCAUUAAAAAUUGGUUCACUCACUAUCAGCCCAAAGCAGGGUGAACUCAAACAUUCGACUGACACUGCUUCAACUCCUUCGGCUACUGAACCGGUUGAUGUUGUGACAGUUGGUUCAAUGCCUAUAAAAGUUAAUGGAUUUGCCGAAUCUUCAGGUUUUCUUACAGUUGGGACGAUUCCGCUCGAUCCUAGAGCUCUGCAGAAAGACAAGUCAGGGGGUUUUGUGAAAGGUGGAUCCUAACAUUAAAAAUGCAGUGUUGUUUCGUGAUUAUUUGUAAGUUCAUUUUGGGGUGGAGCAUGUAAUGCAUAGCAAUAUUGGCGCGUUCAUGAUAGAAGUCUCUUGUAAACCCUGAAUGGGUUGCUUCAAGGUCGCCCCUUUUUUUUUCCUUCUCUUUUUUUGCAUCUUACAGUGGGUUGAUAUGCUGUUUUGGUGCAGAAUACUGAUAUCUUUAGCUUUUGUUGGGGGUUAUUGGUGUUGGUGGCUGAAAAUUUAUCGGAAAUACUGAGUGUAAAACUUUUCUCUUUUUCAUUUAGCCCUUCCAUUAAUGGAUUCAAAAUAGAGAUACUUUUCUUUUCCUUC